AGUAAAAUAAAGAAAAUCACAACAUGCCUCCUAAAGAAGAAAAGUCAGCGAACGACAGCAAGAUGGUGACACCAGUGACAAUGCUUCAAACGACGAAUGUUCCAGAAUUUAACCCGAAUGUGGAGUCGUGGAAUGUUUGGAAGGAACGUUUGGAGAUACAUUUCUGUGAAGUGAAUUGCACAGAUGAUAAUGUAAGGAAGUCGAUUUUAUUAAAAUCAAUUGGUGCCGUUCCAUACAAAGUUCUACACAGUUUGUGCAGUCCAGCUACUCCCGUGUCAAAAUCAUUUAAAGAGUUGUGUGAAAUAUUGGACACACAAUAUACUCCACCUACUAUUGUGUUUAGUGAGCGGAAAAUAUUUCAUAUUUCAACGAAGCAAGGAAGUGAAUCUGUGGCGGAAUGGUAUGCUCGUGUAAAGAUGUUGGCACUUAAUUGUAAAUUUGGGGUCAAUUUAGAUGCAUUUGUGUUAAACCAAUUCAUAAUGGGUUUGCCAAAUUUCAUCUUUGAAAGACUGUGUGAAGAAGAUGAGAAUCUCACAAUUCAAAGUGCAUUAAGGAAGGCGAUGAUAUUAGAGACGAAAUGCAUAAUAAAGGGAGGAAAAGAAGAAACUGCAGUGAAUUUUGUCAAGAAGCAAAAACAUCAGAAGCAGAACAACGGUAGUGGUAACAGCAAUAGAGGCAACAGUAGUAGUGACAACAGAGGUAAUGGUGGCAACAGCAACAGAGGCAAAUGGGGAAGCAGCAACAGAGGCAGUGGUGAUGGUGGCAGGAACAGAGAUGGUGGCAGAGAUAACAGAGGCGAUGUCGUUAUUGAUGGAGUUAAAUUAAAUGCUGUUUGUGACACAGGUGCACCAUGCACUUUGUUGCCUUUGUCGUUUUACGAGAAUAAUAUUAUGGAAAAGACUCUCCGACCAUGCAGUAUUCCAUAUGUUGACUACAGUGGUGAUAGAUUGAAGCUGGUUGGUGAAUAUGAUGCGUCGAUUACUUUUAAAGGUAAUACAAAAACUGUUGUUGUUGUUGUUGUGGAUUCUGCAAACCCUCCAUUGCUUGGUCGUACGUUUUUACGUUCUUUUAAUUUCGAAUUAUUGCAAAUAAACAAUAUUAAUUUCGAAAAUAAUAAUGCUGCGAUCGUCGAACAAUUGAAGAUUGAGUUCGUCGAGGUUUUUGAAGAUAAGUUGGGUGAAUUUAAAAAUUCGGAAAUUUGUUUAAAGGUUGUUGAAAAUGCAACACCAGUAUUUUGCAAACCCAGACCUUUGCCAUUAGCAUGGAAGGCUAAAGUUGAGAAACAGUUGCGAGAUUUAAUCAGUUCAGGUGUACCAGUUUUGAAACCCAACGGUGAUUUGCGGAUAUGCGGUGAUUACAAAAUCACAAUUAACAAGUUUUUAGAGGAUUUUAAAUAUCCUUUACCCAGGAUAGAUGAGAUUUUUGCAUCUUUAGAGGGUAGUGAAAUUUUCACAAAGCUUGAUUUGUCCAAUGCGUACAAUCAGCUAAUUCUUGACGAUGAGUCACAAUUAUUGUGUGCAUGGAGUACGCACAUAGGUAUAUUAAAAGUAAAAGGAUUACCUUUUGGUGUUAAGACUGCGGCAGCGAUUUUUCAAAAGACAAUGGAAAGUUUGUUAAGAAACAUACCGUUUGUCGUGGUGUAUCAGGAUGACAUUACAGUCACUGGAAAGACUAUGCAGAGUCACAUUAAAACGUUGAGGCUAGUACUUCAAAAACUACAAAAUGCUGGAUUGAAACUAAAUAUCAAAAACAAUCUCAAACCUCCUACAACAAAAGAAAAAAUUUUUGAGUCUCAACACAACAACAUAAGUAAUCACAAAGGAAAUCGUCAUGAAACUUUUCAAAAAGGCCAAAAUGUAAUGGUACGUGAUUACCGUAACCCAAAUAAGCCUAGUUUGACACAGGCAGUUGUAGAACAACAACUUGGACCUCAAUCAUAUUCAUGUACUUUGGCUCACAACAAACAUAGUAUCAAACGUCAUUUGGAUCAAAUCAGAAACCAGCAAAUUCAACAACAUGUCGAAACCAACAUGCAAAUGUUAUCAGACAACAACACAGCUUUGACUGUAGCCAAUGAUAUACCAACGAUGGAAGAUUUUUCACGCACUCGAAGAGAACUCAGACCACGUGAAGGAGCAACAGCUUUAGGAUGA